AGUCCUUCAGUUACAGUCGCCAUCUUGUUGUCCGUGACAAGCGGGGAACGACGACAGCGAGCAACAACGUAUCCCGCGUCUCUGCCACCGAUUUACCGUGAAACAUUGAAGUUUGAGUUCAUGGACUGUCUGCUAAUCAAUGGUUAUGCUAUUGAAAAGGCUAGUGUAGGGUUUCGCGGGUUGCUGGAGGACAACAUGGAGGACAACGCGGCGAGGGAGGAUGCCUGUCGAGAGUAUCAGUCGUCGCUGGAAGACCUGACGUUCAACAGCAAACCACACAUCAACAUGCUGACCAUUCUGGCCGAGGAAAACCUCAACUUCGCCAAGGAUAUCGUCGCAAUUAUUGAAGCACAAAUCCUCAAGGCCCCAUCUACCGAGAAGCUUCCAGUUUUGUACUUAGUGGAUUCCAUAGUGAAGAAUGUUGGAGGAGAGUACCUUGCAGUGUUUGCUAAAAACCUAAUCACUUCAUUUAUAUGUGUCUUUGAAAAGGUGGACGAAAACACUAGAAAGUCUCUGUUCAAGUUACGAUCGACGUGGGAUGAUGUGUUUCCCCUCAAGAAACUCUAUGCGCUCGAUGUCCGGGUCAACUCCCAGGACCCAGCCUGGCCCAUAAAGCCACUGCCGCCCACAGUUAAUGCUAGCAUUCACGUCAACCCCAAGUUUUUGAAACAGUCUGAAGAGGCUGCAUCUCCUCCGCCAGCAUCCACAGCGGCACCCACACUGGCGCCUCCGCUAGUGCCACCUGCAGCCCAGCCGGGCUCAGCCAUCAGCCAGUCCAGCCUCACCCAGGAACACAUGAUCCGGCAGCAGCUCCUGGCUAAACAGAAACAACUUCUGGAGCUUCAACAGAAGAAGAUUGAGCUGGAAUUGGAGCAGACAAAAGCACAGCUGGCAGGUGGAUUUUCAUUGCCAACGACUCCGGUCACCACUUCAGGAGCACAGAGUUCAGUCCAGAAGCCUGUCAGCCAGACUGCUUCUGUGGUCCGACCAUGGAUCCCUUCUUCCCAGACUGACAGCAGGCCAGCCACGAGAGACCCCCGCCUGAACCGCCUUGCUCCCCCAGCUACGUCUCAGCCCAAAGAACAGCCUCCAGGGAAAAAAGAGAACCCCCCCACAACAAUAAGUCCUAUUCUGACACCUGAGAAACGACUGCCAGAGAAACGAGAAAAGAGAAAAGAGGUGAUAGAGGAGAAGCUGAAAUCCAAGUCUCCUUCUCCCUUGGCUAAAAGCGUCCAGAGUAAAACCAAACAGACUGAGGCUGCUGAGGCUGCUAAGCCAGCAGACAUAAUAAAGAAAGAUCCCAGGCUGAGGAAACGCACACAGGACAAGAUGGGGGAGGCCAGAGACGAUGAGCUGAAAGAGAAAAAAAGAUGCAGCGACAAGAAGGAGCGAGGAGAGGAGACUGCACGGGCAGCCGAGCCGCUGAGGUUUAACAAAGUCAAACUGGUGAAUGGAUCAGUGGCCAAACAUGACAGAGAGGAGUGUGCAGACUUCAAGACUGGAGGCAAUGCACGAACACACGCCCGGAGACGCACUCGCUCUCGGUCCCGCUCGCGCUCACCCACAUCUUCCCCAAAGAGGAAAGACCGGCGGUCACCAAAGGGCAGGACCAGGAGCACUUCUCUGUCUCCAUCACCCUCUCACAAAUCAGGCAAACCAAGGAGGGUCCGCACAGAAGAGCUGCAGCACGGCAAGCUGGAGCGAGAUGAACGUCUGCCGACCAAGAAGAACCAGUCUGAGAGCAGAAGGUCGAAGAGGCCUGUGGAGGACCGGCAUUUGGAGUCCAGGGACUCACAUUCCCCGCGAGCCCAUGACAUUUGUGGCAAAGAGGCCAAGGAGGCUCCUCACCGCUGGAGGAGUGGCUGGGAGGAAACCAAACAUUUGAAACUGUCAGAUAACUCUCACGUGAAGUCUGGACCUCAGAGGCACAAACAGUACAGCACCCCGACUCGCCCAACCACCCCUCGGACCCCAAAGCACCGCCUAAGCGUUGAUGCCAACCUGCAGAUCCCUGAUGUGCUCAAUUUUGCAUCCAAAAAGGACCUGCUCAGACGGGCCAGUAAACGUCUGGAGAGUGGAGAGAUUUCCCAGGAAGAAUUCCUGAAUAUGGCCCACAAGAUCAAACAUUUCUUCCAGUACCAAGAAGAAAAGCAGCAGCGAUCUGAGGGCUGGGAUGACCCUAAUGAAUUCCCCCCCAAGAAGCAGCAGCUACUGCUGACAAAGCCCCUGUCACCACUUGCACGACCUCCCGACAGCAUGGACGCAGCAGAACGGUCGUAUUUCGAGCACAAGUCCAAGCUUAAGAAGACGCAGGUUAGCCACCACCCAGCUGGUGAGGAAUGGGAGGAGGAGAGUCUGGAGGAGAGCGAGAAGAAGGAGGGAAGCCACAAAUUCAGCCGGGUGCCACUGGACAGGCCAGGGGAAAGGAGAAGUCAAGAGCCACGGCCUCCACUUGGUCCGAUGAUCGAGGAGUACAACCAUGGUAAAGAAUUCCCUACUCUAAAGUCUCUACCGGGCCUUCGCUUCACGAGGAGAGCCAACCCAAGAGAGUCCAGUGAAAGAGAGUGGAACUCACCGCUGACUGAGCGCCAACGAUACAACGAUCGUGAUGAGCAGAAGAGCGGCUAUGACGCCCCACGGAGAUACACCCCACACCUUGACCCUCGCAGAACAGAGGGACCUCCUCAUUCAGGCACCGUGGUCCACAGGAACUGUUCGAGCCCAGCUGGUCUGGAGCCCCUGGCCCCCAGGUUUGAACGGGAACGUCUGUCACCUUUGCACCAGAAGGACUCUGCAGAGAGCCCGAUCCCUUGCUUUGAGAGCCCUAAUAGUGAACACUCUGAUGAUGGGCCCAUCAAUCUGGAUUUGGCCUUGGUGCAUCCUCACGCUGUCCCUAAAUCCAUUCUCAAAGCUGCGCCUCGCGGGGGACCAUUGUCAGGGGUGCUACAGCACAGUGACUCUCCAGAACACACACCACCUCAUGAUGGUCACCCAUCCUCUCUGUAUGAGGGGCCCAGUCACAUGGGUCCCUCUAGAACACACCCUCCUGGUUGGUACGAGGGCUCGCCACAGUUUGAAGGGCCUCACCACGCAGGUUCGAGCAGGUUUGAUGGGGGUGGACCACUUCAUCCCAACAUGCCAGAAAGGUUUGAUGAUGUGGGGAAGUGUGAUGGCCCGCCCAUGUCUCAUGGUCCAGUGAGACCUAGAGAUGGUAUGGGGCGGUUUGACAGUCAUACACUCGGCCAACAGCCCCCUGUGAGCUUUGUAGGCCAGGGCCCUGGAUCAGGACCAUUUGAGGGCCCAGUGCAGCGCUUCGAACCACCGCGGCGCUUUGAUAACAUGGUUCCUGGAUCUGGACCAAUGAGCUUCCCACAGCGACCCAUGCGUUUCGAGGGCCCCCCUAACCAAAUGGCCCCAUUGAGGUUUGAUGGCCCUGGCCGCUUCGAGGGCCCGGGGCCAGGUCCCAUAUAUGAUAUGGGUGGCCCACCACGCUUCAGUGGUCCACCUGGCCAACAGGGACCACCAAGGUUUGCUCCUCAGCAUAACCUGCAGCCCCCAAUGAGGCCGAUUUACGACAACCCCAUGGCCCCCCAGCAGAACUUCAACAUAGCUUCCCAACAUUUCCCAGAGAGCGUCAACCCUCAGUUCUCAAUGCCAUUUGCAGCUCAGCCAAACAUGCAACAGACUGGAAACUUCAACAUGCAACCAGCACCCCCCUUCAACCAGCCAGCUCCAAACCCCUACUAUAACCCUGCCGCCCCUGCCGUUGGAUUGCAUCAACCGGUGAACAUGAUGGGAAACAUGAACCAGCCCUUCCUGCCUCAGAACCCAGUGCCUUUCACAUCUCAGGAGAACCACUUUGGUCAAGUCGAUGUCAACGACCUGCUGUCCAAACUCAUUUCGACUGGCAUUAUCAAACCCUCGCAGCCUGACACCACACAGAACACCAACAAUGAGUCCUCUUGCACAACUUCAGCAGCUCCACCUGUGGAGGAAGAUGAUGAUGAGGACCAGGAGGUGGAAGAGGAAGAUUUUACUGACCUCACUGGCUUUAGCAUCGAUGACAUGAAGCAGCGAUUCGAGAGUGUGGUGACCAAGCUGUACUCAGGAAACCAGUGCUGCCUGUGCAGCAUGAGAUUUACUGCGGCUCAGACAGACAUGUACGCUGACCACUUGGACUGGCACUUCAGACAGAACCACGCCGGCAAGGUGGCCAGCAAGAAGGUGACGCACCGGCGCUGGUACUACAGCCUCACAGACUGGAUCGAGUUUGAGGAGAUCGCCGACCUGGAGGAACGAGCAAAGAGCCAGUUCUUUGAAAAAGAGAAUGAGGAGGAGGUUCAGAAGAACCAGGCGGCUGCCAAGGAGAAAGAGUUCCAGAGUGUGAGAGCCACUAAGGACCAAGUGGGUGAGUCAUGUGAAAUCUGUCAGGAGCCGUUCGAGACAUACUGGGUGGAGGAGGAGGAGGACUGGUUCCUGAAGGACGCUGUCAGGGUUGACGAUAAGAACUUCCACCCGUCCUGUUUUGAGGACUAUAAAAAUUCCUGCAUCGACGUCUCACCAUCCGCAAGCAAGUUGCUCACCGACCACCCGCUGAGCGCUUUCAUAAAGACAGAGGAGGGGGCUGCCUCGUGUCUCAUAGCCCCCUCCUCCGUCAAACAGGAAGUGGAUACUGAGCUUCCCGAGGUGAAGAAAGAGGAAGAGGAGGUGAUUUUAACAGAGUGUGUGCAAUCUGAAGAAAGCAAACUGUGACCUCACUCCUGCUGCUCUGCCUCUGCAUUUUCUGUUUGAGAAAAAGGUGUUUUAGCUUUGGGCCGAGCAACUUAGACUUAAAUACAUUUUUGUAUUUGUACUGGAUGAGGCUAUUUCAGGUUCCACUGAACAGGAAAGUGUUUGACAACAAAAUCAUUUGUUUCCUUUGGUAAAAAGUGUAAAUGAUUUAAUUUAUAAAUUAAAGUAUUUUUUGUAUCCCUGGUGUUACAGUGAUUAAAUCAAACAGCUACUGCCUGUUACAGUCUGUACAUAGUUCUUUUGUUUGGUUAUUGAUUGAUGGUAGUUGCAGGUGGUUAAAGGUAAGGAUCCUCUGAUCGGCUGAUUGCUCUACAGGAAGCGUUUGGAGGCAGAUCCCAAUCGUCGUCUUUGUUUUUCUCCAAACUUUAAUAAAAAUAAAUAAAAAAAAUUCUUUGUGUGAAUUUGUGAGGUUGUUCAACUAAAAUAAAGCUUUGAUUUUAAA